AUGUCAUUCCUCUCCACCGUCCGCACCUCAAUCGCUCCCCGCGUGGCCCUCAGACCAGCCUACACCGCCGUCUCGGGCUUCCACAGCUCCCCCGCUCGUGCGGCCCUGAAUGAGUCGGAUCACAGUUCGUUCUCCCCUUCCUCAUCCUCUGCCCCUAGGCAAUCUCCCUCCGAAGAAAUGGAAUUGGCUAACUCCUCCCCACCCACAGACCGCGAUAACCUGGACUCCUACUACGAGGCCGAGAAGCAGGACCAGCUCAAGAGCACCAAGGAGGGCAAUGCGAAGUGGAAGGGCGGGCUUGCCAGCAACAGCGAGGCAUCGGUCAAGGCGGACCGCGGCGAGGUCGACAGCGACGACAAGGACUUCAGCUCAUUGCAGGACCGCACCAAGGGCCUGCCUAAUCGGAGUGGUUCUGUGAACAAGACACAAUAG